AUGGGUCGUGGAAGAAUAUCUAUGGAACUCAUUCAAAAGGAGAAAUCAAGAAAGACAACAUUUCAGAAGAGAAAGAAUGGAUUAAUGAAAAAAGUGAAUGAAUUUUCCAUUCUUUGUGAUGUUGAUGUUUGUGUAAUUCUCUAUGCUCCUAACUUUGAAGCCCAAGGAUUCGUUGAACCUGAAACAUGGCCUAAAGACAAAAGAGAGGUGCAAAGAAUCCUUCAAAAGUACUAUAAUACAACAAGUGACAGGCGUCCUAAGAUCUAUGAUGUUCAAGAGUAUUUUAAGGAAAGGAUGAAAAAAAUUAAAUUUGAGAUUUCCAAAGUGCGCAAAGAGAAGAUAAAGAUGAUGUAUCCAUCCUGGGAUGAAUCUUACAAUUCACUUGGAGUGGAACAAGUGAGGUCAUUUGCUAGCAUGUUGGAUUCCAAGCUUGAUGCUUGUAAUCAAAGGAUGCAUAUGCUAAAAGGAGAUCUUAAAGGAAAAACAAUAGCUCAUGAAUCACACAAGGUUGAUAUACUUAUAGGUAACCCUAACUUAGCCUCAAAGCCAAGUAGCUACUUCAAUCUCAUGCAAAACAACAUGUUUGAAGCAAAAAUUCAUCCUCCAUUGAUGAAUAUUAAUGAUAAAACCCCAUUAGGGUUUUGGCAACUUCAACUCGGACAAAGCUCUCAACCUUCUUCUAUGAUUUCCAAUGCGCAAAGCUCAUACUACGUGGAGUCUCAAGAAGGUAGGUACCCACAAUCUUACCCUUGCAAGCAAAUUGAUGUUAAUUGGGCUAACUGGGCCAAUCGAGUUGAUACUAAUGUUACAUGCGAUCUGAAAAUCGAUAUGAAAAGGAAGGAUGUAGCUGAAAAUGAUGAAAACUUAUCACCAUACUAUUACAAUGGAAAUGCAUCGACGAUGCAAUCAUAUCCUUUUGCUAUGCAUUCUCUUCCUUUCCAGAAUCUUUCAUACCUACCACAUGGAUUUCAACUUAAUGGAUUCAAUGAUAUAAAUAUGCUUCAAGCUCAUAAGUUCAACUACAUGGAUGGAAGGAAGUAG